UCGUAGCGAUCGGCCUUGUAGAAAAGAUGGCACUUCUUCUUGCUUCUGCAAGAGGUUCCUUGGAGUCUAAUCCUUCUUUAAUGAGCUUUGCAGAAGAAAGUUUAGUGCUACUUAACUGUUUCAUUAGAGCUACGCCAUUCGAUAAGAAUGAUCCUAGUCAAGAUGUCACGAAAAUGAUGGAAACGAUACGGUCGACUGAAUUGCUAGGUUGUGUUUCUAUGUUAUACUGCGUAGCUACACCAAUUGGUCAAGCGGAAAAUCAACCCAUGUCUACAUUAAAACUUGCAAGUAAAACAUUCAGUUUGUUAAAAACUAUAGCCGAUAAGGAUUUGACCACAUUUCAGUGCGCAUCUAGUGCGGACGGUGUUUCCUUGCAGUUUAGACAUGUUUGUAACACUCUGCUUGCCUAUUGUUCUUCUGCCUCCAAUGAACAUUUGGAUGGACUACUAAACGACGUAUUGCAAACAUUAGGAUUGUUUUCCAUAGGCAACAGGGACAAUCAGAUGGUGUUGGUUUCGGGGCCUCCUCCGUGUGUGCUUGUUCGCCUGGCAGCUCUGCCAUUUCGUUAUUUUUCACGUCCUGCCUUGGUGAGGAUACUAUUUCCUACUUUAAUAGCUGCCACUGCAGGUAAUACCGUUUCGUACAAUCUUUUGCACCAGGAUAUGGACGUAGAGGUGCUUGAGGAUUUCCGAAAAUCGCCCGAAGGCCAGGAAUGCCAGUUGCUGAAAUUAUUCAAAGAACGAGAUCAAUUCGUGCAGGAGUCCAGACAAGAUUCCGCUGAUCCGAUUAAGUGACAAACGAUACGUUUUUGUCGUUAUUCGUGUCUGCGUAAUCAGAUGACUGUAUGUCUGUGAUAUGAAAGAAACAGUUCGGCAAAUCGCAAAAUGCAUAAUAAAAACAAAGAAAUAUUUUGACGUUCAGCCAACGAAUGCGAAAUGCCGUAAGUGAAGAGGAUUUUUUUGGCCUAUUUAUGCCAACUUUUGUAUACCGAUUUUUUAUGAGUGCCCUUCUAAUAUUGAAUGCGUGCCCACAUACAGACCGAAGAAAAUGUCGGUAUUAUUUUGUAGCCCUAUAGAAUAUUGUUGAUUCACUAUUUACGAAGUUGAAUAUCAUAUGCAGUUUUUCAAUAUAUUUAAAAUAAUUAUAAUGCUUAACUACUUACUUUAUUUGAUAUAAAAUAUUAUCUAUCACGGA